AUUGGAAGGCGGCAAAGGCUUUAAUCUCGGACUAAUUCAGUUCCUUUUGAAGUGAAAAUUUCUUCAGUUCGUUCUUCGGGAGUAUAGCGCGCGGACCUGCUGGGAGACACAUAGCGCGCUACGCUCAUGGUGCAAGACGCAGCCACGGAUCUGCGAUAACCUCGCACUUGCUCCAUUCUACCAUACCGCACCUUACUCCUAAUAUACGGAUUACACGCUAUAUUGCCACUUUUUCCUGCUUUUUGAAAAAGGCUCUCUGCGUUUUACAUUUCUUAAUGAAUCUGAUACAUACAUCACCAACUAAUUUCUUGAGAAUUGGGACAUGAUCACAUCGCCCUCGGUCUCUGCCCUGAGAAAUAGUAAUACUCAUCUAGCCUGGAAAAGCCGUGGUUCUCGGAAUAACAGCUAUUCAAACAUCAACAAGCCGUUUCUCCACUCCGUACCUCCAUCGGACCCACGACGGCAAGCAAACCGACUCCCAAUCAAGGUUUUGAAGAUGCUUACCGCACGAUCAGGACACAUUUUGCAUCCAGAAUAUCUGCAGCCUUUGCCUUCAACCCCAAUUAGUCCAAUAGAGCUCGAUGCCAAGAAGAGUCCGUUGGCUCUGCUGGCGCAGACAUGCUCUCAAAUAGGUAAACCGGAUCCUCCGCCGUCAUCUAAACUAUCCUCAGUAACAUCAAAUGGAUCUAGUGACAAGGAGUCUAAAUCCGGUCCAUUAAAAUUGAGUGACAUCGGUGUGGAUGACAAAUCUAGCUUCAAACCCUAUUCUAAACCGUCAGAUAAGAAAGACUCGUCCACUGGCGGCUCAGGCGGAGAGAAGUCCGGUUUUCGAGUGCCGAGCGCCACCUGCCAGCCGUUUACGCCACGGACAGGCAGCCCAAAUUCCAGCACGUCUGCUUCUCCCAUGCCGUCGGAGGGUAAAUGUGGAGACAGGGAUGACAAGAAAGAUUCUGAUUGUAAUAAAAAUGGCACAACAGAUGCAUCUGGAAUCACUAAUAGCCACAGCAGGAUAAGUGUGAGUUGCGGUGGAAUUAACGUGGAGGUCAACCAACAUCAGGACACGACUCCAGGAUCCAAAGCCACGUCUUCGGAGUCCUCCUCCAUAACCUCCGUUUCUUCAGCGUCUGUUCUUGGGUCUGGACUUGUUGCUCCGGUUUCUCCUUACAAACCGGGUCAGACAGUUUUCCCCUUGCCGCCUGCUGGCAUGGCCUAUCCGGGCAGUUUAGCUGGGGCCUAUGCUGGUUAUCCACAACACUUCCUACCACACGGAGGGAGCCUGGUUAACGCACAACUGGCGAGCUCACUUGGCUGCAGUAAGGCAGGAUCUAGCCCUUUGGCUGGGGCAUCUCCACCGACUAUGAUGUCAGCCAGCCUGUGUAGAGACCCUUACUGCCUAAGUUACCACUGUGCCAGUCACCUAGCAGGCGCAGCCAGUGCCUCCUGUGCCCACGACUCUGCAGCCGUAGCAGCCGCCUCUGCCCUGAAAUCUGGUUAUCCCCUUAUGUAUCCAACACAUCCUUUACACACCGUUCACGCUUCUGCGCAUUCUUUUAGUGGACAUCCGUUAUAUCCAUAUGGUUUCAUGCUACCUAACGACCCACUUCCCCAUGUGUGUAACUGGGUGUCGGCUAACGGGCCGUGUGAUAAGCGUUUCUCCUCUUCCGAAGAACUUCUGAAUCACCUGAGGACGCACACUGCUUUCACGGGGGCCGAGAAGUUGAUAUCGGGCUAUCCCAGCUCUUCAUCAUUAGCUAACGCUGCGGCAGCGGCCAUGGCAUGCCAUAUGCACAUGCCACCAUCAGGAGGCCCUGGGAGUCCCGGAACAUUGGCACUGCGAAGCCCGCAUCAUGCCUUGGGACUAAGUACCCGCUACCAUCCAUACUCAAAGAGCCCCCUGCCAACCGGCGCACCAGUCCCUGUUCCUGCGGCCACCGGCCCUUACUACUCCCCCUAUGCACUGUACGGUCAAAGACUCACAACAGCAUCUGCUCUUGGAUAUCAGUGAAACAGACUAACUUUGAACAGUUUAUAGUUAUAAGAAUGCAAAUAUAAAGACUUUUAUAAUGACGCUCCACCUAUGGACGGGAUCCGUGGACUCAACUGUAUUUAUUUAUGUCAGCUUAAAGCAGACGAUGAUAGCUACAAAUGGAAGAUAUUUGAGCAAAUCAAAAGUGCAUUAUGUUUAAACUGAAGGUUAGAGGUGAAGUGGAAACACAAGGUAGAAUAGCCUACUAAUAAGACAGAGGUCUUCAUUUCGAUGUUGAUUUGAAAUUGCUAUGAUUGUAUUGUUCUUAUUUAAUGUCUCAUCCAGAAGAAAAUAAUUUACAUGCAUGUUUGUUUCUUAAAUCCCAAAUUGUCCAUAAAUUUUAAUUGCCGUUAUUUUUCAGGUGUAAACCAUGGAAAGAGAAUUGGUAUUUUUUUGUAUGUAUAUUGAAAAAUAAGAAACAGUUCUGUUCCAUA